AUGGCGCAUCGACAAGUACCGGAGGCAAGCUCGCUCGUCGGACACGCGCCGAGUGACGUUUCCGCUGACGGUGCUGAAAGGGAGGAAACGGAAUUCGCGCAGCAGAAGCAGCAGAAGCAGCAGAGGGAGCAGGUGAGGCAGCAGAAGCAGCAGAAGCAGCAGGAGCAGGCGGAGCAACAGGAGUUAAUCCAAACAUCGCCGCACACGUCAGUUCCCCGCGCCAUCCUCCCGCACAUCAGAUCCAACUCCGCCCUUGCCGGUUGCGAAGACAAUUCUUCCGCGUUUUUUCUCCGCGCGCCGACCCUCUCCCCCGCGCCUCUCCCCCUCUCGUCUCCUGCGCCUGCCCCUCUCUCCUUUCCCGCGCCUCCCCCCCUCUCCUCUUCCAACGGCGGAAGCCCAAAACUGUCGGCGACGCAGGAGGCGGCACUCUGGUCGGCGCGCUUCGACUGGAAUCAGUUCCAUAGGUCCCUGGUAACGGCCGGCGCGGGGGGAGCGGCGGGCGCGGCAGGCGUGGCGGUUGGAAGCCUAAACCGCGCAUCACCGGGUGUUGCGACAAAUGAUUCCGCAACUGCUGCUGAUAUUGAAGUCAAUAUCGGCGGUGCUUCUGGCCCGCGGCGGUUCAGUCGCGUCGGCAUCACCCGCGCGAGUACCGCCGCAGCAGCCGUCCCAGAGGUUGUCGCAGCCCCCACAGCUCCUAAUUCUCGCGGCGACGAAGGCAGUGGAGGUGGUGGCGGGAUUGGCGGCGGUAACGGCAGAUCCGCUACCGGCGACGGCCGUCGAGGCUCGGUGAAAGGCGCCGCGACGCAUCGCCGCUGCUGCUCGUUAAGUACGGUCGUGAGCACGCACCUUCCGAGCUCGCGUGUCGGAUUCGCGAGCGCACACCUCACGGCUGUAGCGGAAGUCACGAGCGCACAAGUUCCGUUGACCGCGCAAGUCACGGGCGCGCAUGUUCCGACGGACCAGCUGGUCACGACGGGCGCGCAAACCACGAGCGCGCAAAAGGCGCAACCGGAUGAGCCCGCCGCGCCCAAGCCCCCAUCUGCGCCGCGGCGGCGCUCGCCGCCAACGUCGCCUUCAUCCGCGCUGUCGCUUGUGCUCCUGCCCACCGCUUCUUCUUCAAUUUCAACCAGCAAACAACUUCCGCGAGCCGCCUCCGUAGCGACUACUACCGGCGGCGCAAGCGGCGCCAGUGGCGUUCUUACGUCGCCGCGUCGACCGGGGAUUGCGGGCCCUCCGCCGACCGUGCGGCGCAAAACGGUUCCGCGAACGCAAUCCGCGGACUCGGUGCGCGGGGGUGGGGAAGGGGUUGCGCAGGACAGGUAUGACCUCCCCCAGGACAGGUAUGACCUCUCCCAGGACAAGUAUGACCUCCCCCAGGACAGGUAUGACCUCCCCCAGGACAGGUUUCACCUCCCCCAGGACAGCCCCCAGUUUUCCCCUGAUUUGCUUCUUUAUACCCCUGCUGUUGCUGCCGCUGCUGGUGCAACUGCUACAGGGGAAACUUCCAGGAACUUCUUCAGACGCUCCGCUUCAUCUCCCAACCUCCUCCUCCCUCCCCCUUCUCCUUGUUCCUCCUCCUCCCCUCCCCUCCUCCCCCAAUCGUCUUCUCUCUGCUCCCCUUACACUUCCGUACACUCCCCCCCGUCCCCUGCACUCUCUCUCCCUCCUUCAUCCCCUUCCCCCAUCUCCCCUCCUUUCCCCUCCCCUUCCUUUUCGGAUUCGUCAAACCCAACGAGCACGUCACCAUUGUCCACGUCAGCAGUGCCCACGUCAGCACAUCCGGAGGGGGGUUUCCAGGCGCCUCAGGAUUCGGAAGAGGCGGCAGCGGUGGCAGCAGCUUCGGCGGUGGUGAGUGCAGGUGGAGGGGCGAUAGAUGCACUGCAAGCAGCAGCUGCAGUGAUAUCCGGAGCAGCAGGAGGAGGAGGAGCAGCAGCAGCAGCAGCAGCAGCAGCAGCAGCAGCAGCAGCAGCAGCAGCAGCAGCAGCAGCAGCAGCAGCAGCAGCAGCAGCAGCAGCAGCAGCAGCAGCAGCAGCAGCAGCAGCAGCAGCAGCAGCAGCAGCAGCAGCAGCAGCAGCAGCAGCAGGAGGAGGAGAAGAAGGGAACCCUCCCUUCUCCUGCCAAACCUUCUCCUCGCGCUUCCCUUCCCAGCCCUGGAGCUUCCGGGCCUGUGCUGCAGGCUCGUUUGCCGAGCCCAAGCCUGGCUGCCCGGCCUCCCCGCACCACCUCUCCUGUGGUUCGGUUCGCCGUUCCUGA